CUGCACGCUGUCGCGCGCGGUUGCUCAGUCUGCCGGUUGCUAAGGACCAAAUAUUAAAAUCCGGAGAAUAAAAGGUGUGCUCGGUCGGAUGACUGAGUUUCUCACGCGUAGCAAAAAUGUCUUAUUGCAGACAGGAAGGUAAAGACCGUGUGAUCUUUGUAACUAAGGAGGACCAUGAAGCACCGAGUAACGCCGAGCUGGUGGAGGAUGACCCCAAUGACCCCUAUGAGGACCACGGUCUCAUUCUGCCCAACGGGGAUAUUAACUGGAACUGCCCGUGUCUGGGGGGCAUGGCCAGCGGUCCCUGUGGCCAGCAGUUCAAAGACGCCUUCUCAUGUUUCCACUACAGUAAGGAGGAGGUGAAGGGCUCUGAGUGUAUAGAAUAUUUCCGCGGCAUGCAGGAGUGCAUGCAGAAAUACCCCGAACUCUACCCUCAAGAGGACGACAGCGAGAGCGCCCCCUCUGACGCUGCUCCGCUUGUGCAGUCCCCCGACACUGACUCUGCUUCUGUCUCGGGUUUGGAGGAAGCAGCAGGGGCAGCAGCAGCACACACAGAACCAAACCCUGCAGCCAGCUAAUGUCUAAAUCUCUGUUUCUUACCCACACACACACACACACACACACACACACACACACACAGCCUUCCAACCUCUGAACUGACAGACUCAGGAGACUAAAAGCAAAGCUCUGACACCUCCAUAAGGAGGCAAAAUGUGAUGAAGAUGAUGAUGAUAACGAUGAUCUAAUUGCUGAUAAUGCUGUAUAAAUGUCACUCUUUGAUAGGCUUCCAUCAAAUACUUAGUGUGUGUAGUCAGCACUAACAAGUGUAAAUGAGAACGAAGAACGGAAGGACCUGAGUAGCUUUUGGUUCUCCUGCUGAUCAGAUUGAAUGGUUAAUGCAAAUGUUUAACAGACCGCGUCUGCACUGAGUCGUCUUUAGAUGCUUUUCUUGCUAAAAUAAUAAUAAUUCUUACUUGUUUCACACUGCUGUCUUUAUCCUUUACACCUAGUUUGUCUCAAAAAGCUGCCUCAGUUGAUAUGAGUAUGUGUGAUAAUUCUGUACUUCUGACCAGUCUGUCUUUUUAAACUCCUCCUUGUAUUUUCAA